AUGCUCGCAACGAAGACCACCGAGUCGACCUCAAAUUGGGACUUCUCCCAGGUGCUUGACCUUAUCAGGUCUCCCACUUAUGAGGGAAACUCCGAUCUCGCUCACCAGACGGGUCUUCCCGCUGCUCCGUCCAGCGAGGGACAUCCUAGCCAAGACACCUCAUACGAUAACAGCAGUCGCACCGACGAGAUUAAACCCCAGCGGAGCGACCCAAAACUCGGAGACUUCGGCUUGAUUUGGGAUCUCCUCAGCCAGGAAGAGCCAUUUUCUCAAAAUGAUUCGGGGCCCGGAGAUACCCAGCAGCCUUUACUCGACCGACGCCCAGCUCUCCCAAUACCAAAGCGACCUCCACAUGAGGAACCGGUCAAAGAGAGAACCUCGACGCCCCGCAAAUCCGUCCCGGCACUCAAGACGUCGAACCCUCGAGUGACCAAAGAAACAAACUCAAAUCGAUCUCGUCCACUCCCGCCUUCCCCUCGUCAACAACCCCUCACGAUCCUAAGACAUGCUGCAGGCAGCUCUCCUACCAAGAGCAAUGUUACAGCUACAUUGCCUCUCCAGACUCCACCGACGGCAAUUGGCAAUACAGCCCAGCCAGCCGAUAUUCCCAAGCUCAACACCGGGGUCAAGCUUGCCAGAAAGGUUAUCAAGUCCAAUGUCGACCCCGAACCAAUACUCUCAGAGACCAGCACCGGUGCAGAGUCUGACUCGAGUACCGUCGUGUUCGACCAACCCAUCACCAAGAAGUCCGGAGUCCUGGCAUUCGUUCCGUCCCAAGUGGGCGGUCUCGACUCGCACGACGAUCGCGACGACACUCCGCCUUCAUCAUACGACGAGACAGACUGGACUCUGAACUCCGAUGCUGUUCGAAAUAUCGUCACUACUUCUGCGGGUAUCCGAGUCCUCCCCGCUGCUUACAAGACCGCAAAGGAGCGCCGAAUUGGCCUAGUUACGAAGCUUCUCCGGGAGUUCCCUGAGUACGCUCAGCUUGUAUUGCAAGUGGGGCGGUCUCCUUCAACCAAGAAGGGUGUUGAACCCCGCCCUAUCCAUGUCUUCGUUGACAUGUCCAAUAUCAUGGUGGGUUUCCACGAUUCGGUAAAAGUCUCGCGGAACAUUCCUGUCACAACCCGAAUCCGCCGGCUACACAUGUCUUUUGCCAACUUUUCUUUGAUCAUGGAACGAGGCCGUCCAGCUGAGAAAAGAGUCUUAGUUGGCUCGGAUCGACUGCCUUCCAUCACGGAGGCUGAACAACUUGGCUACGAAGCCAACAUUUUAGAUCGUGUGCACAAAGUCAAGCACACAACACCACGUCCAUCCAAGUUCCGAAAGGGCCCUGGGUGGACAACCCACCCCACGUCCGGGCCUGAAACGGUCGGCACCACUGGGGAUCGAUGGGUUGAGCAAGGUGUGGACGAAAUUCUACACCUCAAGAUGCUUGAAAGCAUCGUGGACACCGACGAACCGUCGACGAUUGUCCUGGCGACCGGCGAUGCCGCGGUCGCCGAAUUCUCUGGCGGAUUCAUGCGGAUGGUUGAGCGCGCACUGCAGCGCGGCUGGAAUGUGGAACUAGUCAGCUUCUCGCAAGUGACUAGUUAUGCGUAUCGGAACAAAGAGUUCCGUGCGAAAUGGGGCCAGCAGUUCCGCCUGAUUGAGCUGGAUCCCUAUGUGGAGGAGCUUUUUGAUUAA